AUGGCUUCAUACACCUUCAAACCAGUUACUGUUAGCCAUAACCCCGCCGACAAUGAGGCUGCCACGGUGAUCCGGAAGCGCUGGUACGACAAGGCCGAGCGUGCGCAAGCAAUUGAGUACCUGCCACCAGGCCUGACAACUCACACCUGGGCAAUUGUCCUCAAUAAGCUGAAGGAUGUCCUGGGAACGGAAAAGGUGGUUGUUGGCAAGGAAUUGCACAUCGAAUACAUGGAUCCAUUUUCCAUGAAUGCCGAUGAGCAGGAAAAGCGCGGCAGUGCUUGCGCGCUGCGACCUACAACUGUGGAAGAGAUUCAGAAAAUUGUGGCGAUUGCAAAUGAAUACAAGAUUCCUCUGUGGACGGUUUCACGGGGCAAGAAUCUUGGUUAUGGUGGUCCUCAAGCACGCGUGAAGGGCUCCAUCAUUGUCGAUCUACAAAACAUGAACAAGGUCCUUGAAGUCAACGAGAAGUUCUCCUACUAUACUGUGGAGCCCGGUGUGAGCUUCUUCGAGCUCUUCCAGGAGAUCCAGGCACAAAAGAAGCACAUCUGGUGUUCAGCUCCCGCUUUGGGCUGGGGAAGUGUGGUUGGAAAUGCGCUUGAUCGGGGCUGGGGAUACACUACCCACGGCGAUCACUCGAACCAAAUUUGCGGUAUUGAGGUAGUUCUUCCUGACGGCACAUUGGUUCGAACAGGCAUGGGCGCUCUGGACAGCUCCGUCUGCGGGCCACUAUUCCGUGGUGGAUAUGGUCCAACCUACGACUCGAUGUUCAGUCAGUCCAACUUCGGCAUUGUCACCAAAAUGUCAAUCUGGGCAUGCCCUGCUCCCGAGGGAUUCAUGCGAGUUGUGCUCUCAGUCCCCGAGGAACGUGAUCUAGCACCAAUGGUGGAUAUUCUCCGCGAGUUGCUCCUGCGGGAAAAGAUUCAAAACCACCCUGUUAUCGGUAACGUGAUUCGCGAAAUCAAUAAACGUGGUCUGCGCAAGGACUUCUGGAAUGAGGAUACUUCGAUUCCAUACCACCGAAUCAAGGAGAUCCAACAGGAUCUCGGUUUGGGAUUCUGGGACGCCACCUUUGCCUUAUACGGGCCUAAGGAAGUGAUGGAUUAUAAUCUCAAGCAGAUCCAAGAGGCACUUAAGCCAAUCAAGGGUCACACGUUGAAAGCAACUCCUCACUAUCCCAAGCCUGGUCAGAAAUAUGUCAAUGCCCUCGAUAUCCCUUACGACCUGCAAACCGGAAAUCCCGGCCUGCGGCCUAUCAAGUCGAUUGAAUACCGUGGACUUGACGGUGGACACAUAUCCUUCUCGCCCGUCCUACCCUCAGACGGAAAGGCAGCUCUCGACUUCUACUACACAGCACAGAAGCUCUGCCAAAAGCACGGCUAUGAUUUCGUUGCCGGUCUGCACAUGCAUUUACGCCACAUGACACAUAUCAACAUGAUUCACUUCGACCGCAACUCGCAAAAGGACAAGGACACCGCCAAUGCCCUGUUCGUCGAUUUGGUUCAUGCGGCACGGGAAGCAGGUUAUGGAGAGUAUCGUGCACACAUUGAACAUAUGGAUUUGGUUGCCGACCAAUACGAUUUUGGUGGUGGUGCUUUGAUGCGCUUGAAUGAGCGAAUCAAGGAUACUUUAGAUCCUAAUGGUAUUCUUAGCCCCGGGAAACAGGGUAUCUGGCCCAAGCAUUACCGGAAUAAGGGGAAGUCGCAGUUGUAA